CUCAAGAAUCGUCCUGUUCUACUCUGUUUAUUCUCAAGAGAGAGAGCAAAAAAAAAACCACAAGUCACUUUCGUCCCCAUUCGAGACGAAAACACAUAAAAUACGGAUUCAAAGGAGUUACGUGCGAAAAGAAAAAACCUGAGAGUAUAGUUUAAAACGGUUGCGAUAAUCUGAAUGCACACAUUUACGAAAACGCAACACUAGAUUCGCGCAGGAGGCGUGAAUGUAUUUCAGUUAUCUGAGAUAUUUCUGAGCUUGGGUUCACUCGCUUGAGAUUGAUCGGUCGUUCGAUUGAUAAGCAACUCCUCAGCUCAUUUCAGUUCGUUUGGCGGUUUUCGGCUCACUUGCUUGAGGUUGCAGAUCUCAACCUGUGAGUGCUUUAGUUUCGGUGUUGCACCAGAGGUUGUUUGAAUCGGGUGAAAAGAAAAGUACUUGAUCAGUACGCCAUUGAGGUUUUUGGCUUCGAUUAAUCAUGGCCGAGAAUGGUGAACAACUGCCUCCCAUGGAGAGAGAGUGGAAGUUGCCACUCUUAGUUUUCUUCAAAGAUCUUAGGCUUCUUUUUAAGUUGGAUCCUAUCGGUUCGGAGAUACUGCAGAUUGCCUUACCUGCUGCACUUGCUUUGGCUGCUGACCCCGUUGCUUCUCUAAUUGACACAGUAUUCAUUGGUCAUUUAGGCCCGGUGCAACUUGCUGCAGUUGGAGUUGCCAUUGCUAUCUUCAAUCAAGCUUCGAAAGUUACCAUAUUUCCCCUGGUUAGUAUAACCACUUCUUUUGUUGCUGAGGAAGACACAAUUGAAAGAAUGAACAGUAAACUUCCAGAAGAAGAGGACGCAAAAAAGAUUUCAGAUAAAAACAAAGGCAUAAAAGAGUUGUUGCCGGAAGAUGCCGUGCUUGAAAACUUGGAAAAGGGUUCGGCCUCAAAGAAUGAAACAAAGGAGUUGAUGCCAGGAGAAGAUUUCAAAACAACUGCAUGCAAGUCUCCGACUAUUACGAUUAGCAGUGGGAACAAGGUUAAAUUAAAAAAGGAGAAGCGUCACAUUCCUUCGGCAUCUACUGCACUUCUUCUGGGUGGUGUCCUUGGCCUCCUCCAAACCAUAUUCCUUAUAUUUCUGGCAAAACCAAUUUUGGGUUUCAUGGGUGUCAAAGCUGACUCCCCUAUGCUAAAGCCAGCACAAAGGUAUUUGACUUUAAGGGCGCUCGGGGCUCCUGCUGUUCUCCUCUCUCUGGCCAUGCAAGGGGUGUUCCGCGGAUUUAAAGACACCAGAACUCCUUUGUAUGCCACAGUGGCAGGAGACUUGAUGAAUGUAAUACUGGACCCAAUUCUUAUCUUCUCUUGCCGUUUGGGAGUCAGUGGCGCGGCCAUUGCACAUGUGCUUUCUCAAUACUUAAUUUCAUUGAUCCUCCUGUUUCAAUUGAUGAAAAAAGUCGAUCUCCUACCUCCAAGUGCUAAAGAUUUGCAGCUUGGUCGAUUUCUUAAAAAUGGAUUUCUACUGCUGACAAGGGUAAUAGCCGUGACAUUUUGUGUAACCUUGGCAGCAUCAAUGGCUGCAAGGCUAGGCACAACACCUAUGGCUGCAUUUCAGAUUUGCUUACAGGUCUGGAUGACAUCAUCCCUUCUUGCUGAUGGUUUGGCUGUUGCUGCACAGGCUAUCCUUGCUUGUGCAUUUGCUGAGAAGGACUACGAGAAAGCAAAAGCUGCUGCAGCUCGAGUAUUGCAGAUGACCUUUGUAAUGGGUCUGGGGCUCGCUGUUGUAGUUGGACUUGGGUUGCUAUUCGGCUCUCGAAUAUUUACAAAGGACAAAAGCGUCAUACACCUCAUAAUUGUAGCCAUUCCGUUUAUCGCAGCGACCCAACCGAUUAACGUCUUGGCAUUCGUGUUCGACGGCGUGAACUUCGGAGCAUCCGAUUUUGCCUAUUCGGCAUACUCCAUGGUUAUUGUGUCCGCAGUGAGCAUUGGAUCUUUAUUCCUUCUGUCUAAAAGCCAUGGCUUUGUUGGAAUAUGGCUUGCUUUAACUAUUUAUAUGGGCCUACGUGCAUUUGUCGGGGUUUGGAGGAUGGCGAGUGGAACAGGACCGUGGCGCUUUCUCAGGCGCCGAACGAUUCAAGUGGGAGAGGGGAGAUGAAAGCUAUACGGCGACUGUAGUUUUACAUCGAUCCCUGAUCCAUUUUUCGAGCAGGGUGCCGGACAGACUUGUUUCUGUCCAUUUUUUUCUUCAUUCUUGGAUCAGCAUCAUGGUGAGUAUACAGCGGUAGUUACUGGAUAGGCGGACUAGUUAUGUUCAUUUUUUCUUUGUAUCGGGGGUUUGAUCUUUGAAAACUCUUAUUUCUACAUGUUGUCAUAUGAACAUAGAAUCCGAAUGUCAUUCGAAGAUGAUACACUGAA